CCCUCGCAAGCGUGUCGUCUGCUCUCCAUGGCCGGCCGGCCGGCGUCUGCUCCGGUUUCCAAGUUCGCCGGUGAUUUAGGGGCGCGCAUUAGUGCCGUUUUCUCGUCGUUUUAGUUAAAAUUAGUCAACUGACACGGACCCUAAUCGAAACCAGCGAAUUCCAGCUGCACCUGUGCGCUAUUAGCGGGUUAUCCGGGAAAAGCUGCUGCUUUUCGAACGCGUGUCAAGAUGGGUUCGUCGUCUGGCAUCUGGGUGUUCGGCUACGGAUCGCUCGUCUGGAACCCCGGGUUUGACUUCGUGCGUAGCCAGAUCGGCUACAUCCGUGGCUACGACCGGAGGUUUUGGCAAGGAAACGACAAGCACCGGGGAACGCCGGAGAAGAUUGGCCGGGUGGCGACUCUCGUCGAACGUGAAGAGGGUCAGGUGUGGGGCCGCGCCUUCCUGCUCCGUGACGACGACGUCAGUGCUCGAGACUCCCUCGGCUACCUCGACGAACGCGAAGCCCAGCUGGGCGGCUACUCGGUCCGCUUCGUCCAGUUCCGGCCGAGGGACCCGCGAGAGGAACCCUUCCCGGCUCUCGUCUACAUCGCCACGCCCAACAACCCGCUCUACCUGGGACCAGCCAGCGCCGUCCAGCUGGCCGACGAGGUCCUGGCCGCCCGGGGCUUCUGCGGCGCCAACGCCGAGUACGUGCUCAAGCUGGCGCGCUUCAUGAAGGAGGAGGUUCCGGACGCCUGGGACGACCACCUCUUCACGCUCGAGUCCUUGCUGAGAACCAGGCUCAAGGACUCGUGGAAGGCUCUGCAGGAGAUGAGCGCCUACGAGGCGCCCGUGUCGGCCUGGGAGCAGCUGCGACGGCUCUCCCUGUUUUCGGACAACGGCGACCAGGAGGAACAGGGCGGUGACGCUGGGGCUGGGACCCGUGGCGGAAGUGAGCAGUGACUUCGUGUCGAACGUGCCUACCAGGAAGCUGAGGUGCCUGGACAUUUGAUCGGACACUGUUCAUGCUCGGUCGACACCUGUGCCUCCUGCGCUCCUCGUCGUCCGCAUCAUUCGGAUGCCGAAGAAAGAGCUGUCAAGAGGAACUGGAAUGGGACUACAGUAAUGCGAAGCAAGCCUUUUCUUUUUUUGUCCGUGGCGGCUGUCAGAUGUAACUGCAAUCUUUGAUAUGCCAUCCAGAUGUAUUUAAAGGUGUCCUGGAUGUUGUGCGUGGCAUGUGUAUCAGGCAAAGGUUUGGCGUGCAAGACUCGCGCCCACCUGUCCAGGACUGUGGCUGUGCUUGAAGCAUCAUGCCGACGGCCGUUUUGCCCUGCCUGCGGCAUAUCGGCAAUGAUCUCUUGAAUUAUCAGUGCCCGAUGAUGCCGGCCACGGAACUCGUGCUUGUUUAUCUUAAUUGGUGAGACCACAAGCACCUUAUUGACGCUUCCUCCCCUACUUUGCUAUGAACUUUACCGGAACAAAACUGAAAAAACUAAAAGCUAUUCAGGCAGCUUGGCUGUUCUUAUAAUAUACCUUACGAUAUUAUCCUGAAUGUCAUAGUGAUCACUUUGACCUUGUUACGUUUUGGCAGAAAGUCCUACCGAGCGCGUCAUUUUGUUGUGGUUGUGUGAUUCAAACGCUCCUCUGAGGAACCUGUUUGGCGCACCGACAUGAUCACGUUCGAAGCAACUGUUGCGAUUGUUACGUAGCAUCCCUGCAACGCCGCUAUUCGGUACCGUGCCUCUCUCGGCGGCUAGAAUGCUGGUGAUUCGUGCUAGCAACUGACGUUCUGUGCGUCAAGGGCACAUCAGAGAUGUGGCAAUUUUGGCGGCUAUCUGGAUCUGGCAGGAGGUUGUUGAAGGGACGCGUAAUUACCCUCCCGUAAAACUCACAAUGUGUUACAUGAUAUUUUGCGCAAUCAAAUGAUUAGCAGAAACGCCAGAGACUAAAAGGGCCACAAAAAUUUUCCAAUUCGAGUCGACCACGACCGAUGGUUGAUUUGGCAGGGCAAAGGAGUUUUUGUUUCGCUAACAUUUACUAAGGACACACUGCAACCGACAAUGCCCAGUGGUGAGCACAUGGGAGGGAGCGGCGAAUUCACUUUAGGCAGCCACUAUUCGUGACGUCUCAAUUCAAAUGCGACGUGCGAUUACGUAACUGGCAGCUUUUCCCGUUGAAAGCUUGGUCGCAUUGAACUUUAAUGCGAGGCUCAUCCGUUUUGCCACUGCGGCCUUUCGAAGGCAAUUGAUGUGUUCCCUUUUAUAUCGCUCGAGAGGGCAUGGUAACCCUUGGUUGCCAUGGUGAUUUUACAGGGAACUUGAAUGCUCGAUUAGAUCGUGCUGCCCUCUAGCGGCCACGUACGAAGUUCCGUUGUGCCUGCGGCCAUGAUUUGAUGAAUGGUUGUAGGAGCCUUUGAACGCCAAUAGCUGUGCAAGAAAGCUUUGGCUGUUUCCGGGGCCUCAAGACCAAUUUAUCGUAGUAACCUAAAUACAAUAAAUAAUAUAAAGGACCAGAUGUGUUAAAUACGGGAAUUCACAAUUACGUUAUUAUUCUUCUGACAGCGAUUUUCGUAUUUCUCGCUACAAUAUUUAUGGACAGGGUGUAUAAUUUAAGUUCCUAGGUUAAUUUGAUUUUGCAUGUGUGUUCACUCAGAGUGGAUAUUUAGUUUAUCUUGAAACAUUGAGAGUGUUUCUAUUUAUUUUAUUGAGCUUGCUGCACGAGCCUUAUAACGGGCCACUUAAGUCGUUCGCAAUGGUUUCACUGGCUAGCCAGCUCCACUUAGGGGAAUUACACGGUCUCGCAAUAGUAUCGAAGUGCGUAACCAAAAAAAAAAAACAAAAAAAAAAUAGCGUAGCCUGCAGUGGAGGCGCAAUGCUAAAGAGACAGCGGAGCUGAUGGGCACCUAGCUAGUCCUGGCUUUUGGACUAGGCUAAGAACUACCAAGUCAUCCCCAGCAUUUCCGGAAAUUUAUUGAUUAUUUUUCGAUUAUCGAUUAGUUAUUGAUUGGCUAUCGCAAGGUAUUGGCCACGUAUUUGGGCUAGGCUAAGCGCUGCUAAGUUGUCCCCAGCGCUUUCCGGAAUUCAUUAAUUAUUGAUUGAUUAUUGAUUAACUAUUGAUUGGCUAUCGAUUGGCUAUCUCAAGCUAUUGGCCAUGUAUUUGGGCUAGGCUAAGCACUACCAAGUCAUUCCCAGCAUUUGCCGUAAUUUAUUGAUUAUUGAUCCAUUAUCGAGUAGCUAUUGAUUGGCUAUUGAUUGGCUAUCGAUGACUAACUAAGCUUAAGCAGUCCCAACCAUGCUUAGCUAGACUUAGCCAGGCUCAGCUUCGCUAGUUCAGAGGAGUAUGUGCCAUUGCGCUUGGACUUUUUCUGCACUUCCGCCAGGAUCGGCCCACAUUUUCUGUUCGCGGUUGACACAUUACGGCCCGCUUCAAUAGCUCCGCUGUUAAAAUUCCAGGCCAAUCACUGCCGUCGGGAACGGCCGAGUGCGUUUCCUGCAAGAUUGGCCCAGCGAGCAAUGCCACGAAUCGUUCACUAUGCACACCCCGAUAGUACCAUUCAUAUUCGCAAGAUGACAGACACAGUGGCAUUAGCCCUGAAAAACCUUCCGUAUUUCAAGGCUACCACUGUGUCUGCCAUCUUGUGAAUACGUGUUUUACACGUGACUAAUAAGCACAGACUAAUACGUAGUUUACUAUACUGUAGCCUGGAAGCGACCGAUGUAUCCAUUCCACUCAGCGAGCAGUUAGCAUCUCGAAUUCCAUUCAAGGCUCAAGCACAUAUGAUUAAAGUAUGGUGAACUCAGACCAGUUGCAAACGUAUACGUUUAAGUAGACGAAGUUGCCAAUGCCUGUCAAAUGUUGCCACGUUGCCUAGGCUGCAGUCGAUGCCAGUCACUCGCAACCUAGACUGCGAAGAGCUGUGUAAUCUCACAUUAAGUACGGUCAGGUUAAGCUAUCGUGCUUGAGUUCUUGAAAGGCCUCGAAUAUAACGCGAAUGAGUCCCGGAAUAAUACUAAACUGUAAAACAGGACAUUAGACUACGCAAGCAUUGUCAUCAGCUGUGUGAGUGCAUCACACUUCAACGCGAAAGGGUUCUGUUUCUUCGAAUACUUUAUGAGAGCUGACCAGUUUUAUUGAUGGUUGGAUAUAUUCCAACCCCCCAUAUUCAGAAAUACGCUCUAACUUGGAGCCCGUGCUUGACAUUGGUCAAGAUAAGGCCUGGCGGGAACGUGCCCAAGAUGCUCACUGUCUUAUUUUUUGGCACGUUCAUGUCAGGUGUUCUCUUGGCCAAAUCAAGCAUAGACUUCAAGUUAAGGCGCAUUUCUGAAUGCGGGGCUAAGAGAGUUUUACUUUGCCCGUAUACCAUACUAGCUACCCUCCACGGAAUGCCGUGGUACCGCAGACGUGAAGUGCAGUAACACUGCAGGCAGCGACAUUUUGUGAUGGUUUCUCCAAGAACGACGCGUUAAAGACGUUUCCAUCUUACAAAGGUCGAAGAAAAAAGAACUGCACGUUGACGAUUAUGUCACUGCCGACGCUUUAACACAAGAAGCUAAGUAGAUGAGUGCUGGGUCAGAGCAACUUUAGUUCUUUGUCCUCUCUGGACAGUAUCUGCGCCCGCCACUAGAUGACGCCACUAACGCGGCUGUUCAGGUCUGCGUCACCAGUUCCGUGAAGGAUAAUAUGCUAUGCGGACAGAUUAAAACUCUCUAUUACGGCAUAACUGCGUGGUUACGUGCAUCGAUAGCCUUGGAAUCUCAACUCGUCGCAUGUCAGUAUCGUUACCGCGAGUCUCUGAAGUGGCCUUCGCAAUGAUAUCAUAUUUUGUCGUACACACACUCGCAUGCGCACCUGGAAGUGUUCGGUUUUCUCUGGGAAACGCAUAGGCGCGGUGUUCUUGCACUUGCGGUGCUCGUCUGUGAUAUAACCUUCGUUCCUUAUAAUGUGUGACUCUGUUGUGACGCACCAUUGUGCAAGCGCAUGUGUUUCACCAUGGGUGCAUAAUAAUCAAAAUACUGUACUAAUAAACGAUGUUUCUUUCACGAA